AUGUCCCCCGCCGCGGAGAUCAAGUAUCUGCGGGCCAAGAUCUCGAAACUCGAGCAAAAAUACGAGCGGUACUGCGCGACCCUGGACCGGCUCGAAGGCAGGCAACCCGCGGAAUGCUUCGUCGAACAAAAGGCGAGGAUAACGUAUAAGAUAAAGGACAUCCUGGCAGAUAUCAAUAUUCUUGAGAGUAAGAUUCUUACCUGGAGGGCGGAGGGAGAGAAGAAGAUUUAUGGCCUUUGUUAG